CCCGAAUGUUUGUUUACAUUUACAGUAACAUCAGUGGCCAGUGACGAGAUCGGGAAGCCUGUACAUUACCAUCGCUCAGAAUUCCACAUCACUGCCAUCUGUUAAAGCACGUGAGGACUAUCUCUUUCACAAAUGAUAAUUGACUAAGAGUGCAACUUGUAGUCAUGGAUAUUGAUAGCAGUUUGUCAUCGGAGGAAGAGUCAGACAUUGAUGUGGAAGGUAUUAGCCUAGGUUCUGAUGAAAGUGAUCUCUAUUGUGAUUUAGAAUCUCUUUCAUCAGUAACAAGGCCUCAGGAGGAGUCUGUUAAUGAUAGCGUAGAUGAUGCUGAUAUAUUUUUAGAACUUGGAAUGCAGAAAAACAAUGACAGUGAAGCUAUAUGUUCUGGGACAGCCACACCUGAUGAUGAUGGGAGACAAAUUAGUAAGGGUAACAAAAGCAAAGUCUUUGGAAGUGAGGUUAAAAAAAAUGAAAUUGUACCGGAAUAUAAAGUUGAUAGAGGAGAGAGUGACAUGAGAAGUGACACUGCACUGGAUGGUAGCACAGAAGCUGCUGUAAACAGUUUCCAUGUACAAGGACAGAAGUUAGAAACUAACACAGAUGUUGGCAGUAGUAAUGAAUGUGAAAGUGUUAAAAAACAAGUACAAAGUGAACUUGCAGGAACUAAAAGGUGGAAAUCCACAUUAAGUGCAGAAGAAGAAUGUCAACCAGCAAUCUCUUCUAAUUCUAAUGACUUGCAGUUUAUUCUCUCCUGUCUUGCACGUCGAGGGCUAAAUAAAGAGAAAAUACAAACCGUUGGUUUAAGUACCUGCUCUCACGAUAAGAAGACUAACAGAACACCGAGACAAUCAUGUUCCUCUGUACAUAACAGUGAUUCAUUGAAGACACCUACAGGGCUUGGUAAUCAUGAUAAAGUGUCUAGUGAGGAUAAAGAAAGACAUAUAAACUCGUUGGAGACAGUCACUUCCACACACAAGACAGAGAAGGAUCCCACACACAUGACAGAGAAGGAUCCCACACACUUGACAGAGAGGGAUCCCACACACAUGAUAGAGAAGGAUCCUACACACAAGCCAGAGAGGGAUCCCACACACAUGACAGAGAGGGAUUCCACACACAUGGUAAAGGAUACAAACAUUGGUGAGCAUGUACCAACAAUGACAAAUACAGUAGAAUAUAGUAAGGACUUGAGUGGUGAUAGAAGAGCAAGUGCUGCAGAUUUCAUGAAGGGGGAUGAGGAAUCAAAUGAUAUUUCCAAAAGUAAAUCUGCUAAGAAGAAUAGCAGAACGAGACGGAAGACUGAACCAAAGAAUAAAAACAGUUCUCAAAUGGAUCUCUUUGAGGACUUCCUUGUUGGCAGAGAUAGAGAGGAGCUGAUUCAAGAAGUUGCUAAACUGAAAUUAGAACGAGAAACCCUGCAGAAACAAUUGGAUGAGUCUGUCACCCGGUGUAAUGGUCUGGAGCUUGACAAUCAGACGUUGCUGUCCAACAUAUCUGCUCUGUGGAAGACAGCCAUGUCUCAGCUGCGGCAGAAGAUCAAGGAGUUGGGUCUUGUAAAAAGAGAGAAAGAAGCAAUCAUUUUCCGGAGAACCAUGCGACAGGUCCCUAGAGAUGAGCUAGAUCUCCUUGUUUCCCGCAUAGCAGCAUACAACAAGGAAGAGUUUUCUGCUUUUAUGCAAAAUCUGCAGAAGGAAGAAAAAGAAUGUGUCUGUGGUAAGGGUGAAUUAAAACCAGUCAAAACAGAGAGCUUGUCCCGGAGGAUUCGAUCGUGUGUCAGAGGAGAGCGAGUUAAUACUUCAUCAGAUAGCGAAGCUCAAGCUCUUCGGAACAUGUUAGGAAAGCAAGGGGAAAGAAUUACAUAUUCAGCUGAGAAAGUUCGCAGGAUGAGGGCAAGAUUAUAUACCAAGAAGCAGGAUGAAAUCGAUUUAGAAAAUCAAAAUGCUUCUGACAGAGGUUACUCAAGUAGACAUGCCUCAGUAGAGAACAGUAGGUAUCAGCAAGACAGGGAGACUAGGAGGAGAGGUAAAUCUGUCACAGAAAGGGUGCAAAAAAGUAAAAACAACACAAAGGAUCUAAGUGAGUAUGAUAAACCAGAGGAAGGUUGUAUUAGAAGAGAUGAAAAGAGAAGUGUGUUUUCCAGGUUAGGGAUCAGAAAACGUCGUUCGAGCCCCAUUGAGAAAUCUUCAGAACAGAAUGUUACAGGAAUUGAUAAGUGUGAAAAACAGAAGAGAAGAUUGGUUAGGGCAGAAGUAGAUGACAGAGUCACACAUCUGUCUGCUAAACAAGUCUUGCUGAAUAGUAGUCAACACAGCAAAGUACAAGAGGAGGAGCCCAAGGACAAAGCACGAGAAACAUUGAUAAUGAACAAAGACUAUGUUGUUGAGGGAGAUGUUCAGUUUAAUGUUCACAAGGAAAGUAUUGAUAAUUAUGUGACUAAUGAAUUUGGAUUAAAAGAUACAACUGGGAUUAAGUGUUUAGCACAUACAGAUGAUCUUGAAUUACCUGAUAGGCAGUUCAAAAUCAGGAAAAAGGGCAAGACUGAUAAUUUUAAAGCAAAUACCAGUUUUGAUAUCUCAGAAAACGAUGAAGAUAUGUUGAGAAAAUCACUCUUUGGUCAGAGAAUGGCAGCAAAACUUGAGAAUAUGAGGAAACCACAGAUAUCAAAUGAUGCCCACUCAGUUAGUUCCUUUUCAGCAGAGUCAUCAACAGUGAAUUAUGGUUCAGACUCUAUAAUUUCUAAGUUAAUGAAGUUAAGUAAUACUUUUGAAGAAAAUGGUAAUAGUUUUUGUCCAGAUGUAUGUCCAAGUAAGAAGCUCAAAGAAAGAGAAUUAAUUGUUGGAAAGAAUGAGCACUGUAUAAUGAUUAGACAGAAGAAAAAAGAAAAGACUUCCCAUUCUGAUACUGUUGGAGAUAGAAGACUUGUUUCUCUGUUUGGUUCAGAUAUAGAAAGAGCAGAUCUAGAUGGAGUCAGAUCAGAUAGUGAGGGGUGUUCCAGAGUGUCAAAAAUGAGGGGUGGAAAUCAGUCCAAAACGGAAGAAAAUGUUAAAGAGCAUUGUAUGAGAGAGAAUAAAAGAAAAGAUCUCAUUGUAGAAAAAGAAAUAAAUAGUGAAAUUAUGGAAAAAGUGAUCAAUGACAAGAGCAAGAGAUUAGCUGUAAAAAAUGGUAAUGAUGCAAUUUUGACCUCUAUUAACAGCAGCAGUGUUGGACCAGAUGUAAAAAAGAACAAUAAAGAGACGGUAAACUUGGAAGAAAACAGUAAUGAAUCAGCAAUAGUGAGAUGUACAGAGGAGACGACAGAGAUUAAAGAAGAAUUAAGUACAAACAUGAAAAAGAAAGGCGGUGUUUUGUCUAAAGCUAGCAAGCAAAACCAUGUGUUGAACAACUCUGAUCACACAAUGUUAAGUGAGAGAUCCAAGGAGUCGGAACAGGAAGGUGGACCCACAGAGGAUGCACCUUUACGUAGACGAAGCAAAAGGAUCUUGCUUCAAGGAAAGUGUUAUAAGAAAAGUGAUGAAAAUUUUAAUCAGGAUGAGAGUAAUGACAGAACAGCUGGUGCAGAGCAAAAAAGUGAACAAGUGAUGGGGGAAAAGGAAUCUGAUAGAAACAGCAGGAUGCCCAAAGGAAAUUGCAAAGAAGGGGAAGCUGAAUAUGUUGAAGAAAUUGGAAAAUCUAAAGAUGAAAAUUAUACAAGUAGAAUGUCAAAGGAGGAAGGAGGGAAAGUUGAGUCAGAAGAUGAGGGGGGGAAGAGUUUUAGAAGAAACAAGAAGUAUAAACAUAAACAAAAGGAUGUGACAAAAGGCAGAAGAAACUUUGGGGAGUCAAAACAAGAAGAAAGAAGUGGUAUGGAGUCAAAAGAGGAAAAAAUAAAUUAUAAGAAGUCAACAGAGGAUGAAAGAAAACUUACAAAGUCAAAGGAGAAAAAAAGAAAAGGUAUGAAAGAGAAUGAAGGAAAAGGUGAUCUGGUAGUCAAAUGGAAGGAAAGAAAAGAUGGCAAGUCAAGAAAGGAAGAGAGAAACGAAAGGGCAGAGGAGACAGGAAGUAUGAACCUGGAAUUAGAGGAGGAAGAUGCAAGUGGUGAUAAAUCAAAGAUGGAAAGAAGACAGUAUGUAAACCCAAAAGUUGAAAAUAGAGAAGUUGUAAAACUAAAGCUGAAAGAACAAACAAUUCAAAAACUAAGAAUGGAAGGAAGAGAUGUAAUAUCUGAACAUGAGAAGGUGGAAGAGGGAAAACCAAAGAAACAUGAAAAACGUUGGAACUUAAAAGAAGAAGAAAGAGGGCAAGAGAGGUCAGAAGAACCAAGUCGAGUCCCGGAUACAAAAGAAAAAAGUCUUAAAUCAAAGAUAGAUAGGAGAGUAGAUAAGAACACUGAGAGCAUUUUCAAUAAGCCACAUGGAUUGUCUGUAACAGUAGAAACAGAGCAAAGCAAAGGCAUGAUGGGCUUAGGGGGUGAUGGUGAUGCCCUUGAUAUGGAAGUAAUUGAUUGGGAUAGUGAAUAUUCUUCACUUGAUGGUGGAGAAUCUGAAGCAAAUGAUGGCAGCGAACCUGAAGCAAACAAUAAGUCUAUUGCAGGAAACAGUGUAAAUCUUAGUGAAUGUGUUACUAGCAAGUCUGUCCAGAAACCAAGAGAACCAACACUGACUUGCCCUUCUGUCUCACAGGGAGUAAGUGAGGGAAAGCAAAAAGUAUUAAAUGAUUCUCAGAAAAUAGGAGAGGAGAUAAAACUCAGGGAAAGCGAGGCAAUAGGUCAUCUUGCCUGUGAUGAGAGUGAUUCAUCAAGUGAUGAGUCAUACCGAGAUAGAGAACAUUGUGUAGGUGGUGAUAAUUUUGACAGUUGUAAUGAUAAGAGGUUUCAAAGGGAUAGAGGUAAUGAAACAACCAGAAAUCAUGUACCAAUUACCUUACACCAAGCUAGCUGUAGAGAAAGGGAAAAAAUGCCUGACUCUGCUAGUGAGAUGAAGGGACUUGGAAGUGAUGAAGAGGGACUUACGGAGAGUAAUGAAAGUCAUCAGUUGAAAGAAAAAGAUUCAAUAGUUAUCACAGGACACACUGGCUGUGUAGAUGCUAUUCAACAAACGGGAGAUGAUCACAUUGAUUGUAGGAAGGAGAAGCAAGUCCUGCUAGAUGAAAGUAAAAUUAAUGCUAAAUGUACAACAGAAAAACUUAUAUCUAAUGAAGAAGAAAUAGGAGGUGGUAGCAAGAAGUUUAAUCGCCAGGAGAGCAAAGACAGUGUGUACAGUACUCACUAUACAGAGGAAAGUAUAUUUCCACAGGAAGAGGAGUUAUUGUAUGAUGGUGAAACUGAUGAUAAUGAUGAUGAUGAAUUAUGUGAUGAUAAUGAUGAUGAAUUAUGUGAUGAUAAUGAUGAUGAAUUAUGUGAUGAUACUAAUGAAGUAAAUAAUGACCAACCUAAUGACACAUGUAUCAGUUUAUCAGGAGAGAAAGGUGCAACAAUGGGUAGUAAGGAUGGUGAUACUGAAGCUCUGCUUCUAGACACAAACAAACACUGUAUAAAGGGUGAUUUUAAAUCAAAGAACAGUGAUUCAUGGAAUGAGAAAGAAAAAGUGGAAUCAUCGCAAAAUGAAUAUGCUAGUGAACCACUACACAAAAAAGUUAAACGCAAAAGCGUUCAUGAAAGAUUGAGUUUUGGGAGUAAAGAAGAGAACUCUCGAAAAAGGAUCCCCUCCUCCCUGGGAGAAAAAGAAAAUGAUCACAAAGAAAAGACAUCACAGGAUAAAUCACAAAGCAAAUCUCCAAAACAUGAAAAAGGUAAUUUAGAUAAGAAAUGGACAAGUACUCCUUCACCCUCAAGGAAGUAUCUGAAAGAUAGCUCUCCACAGAGAGAGAGCCAUUCUGUAAGACUUGGAAGAAUUAGAAGGACAAGCAAAGAGUUUGAUAGCAAACAUAUUCAAGAAAGUCUUAGCCCAUUGAUGAGUAGAGAAAAUAAGUUACAGUCCAAGAAAAACAUGACACAAGAACCAUCACAGACUAAAGAGGAAAGAAAAUCUCACAGAACCAGAAUUUCCAGAGGACAAAGAGAGAGAACUGAAAAGGCAGACAGAAGUAGCCUCCAGAAACAAGAAACUAUGGGUCCCUUAAUGUUAAUACAUAAAAAAACUGAGAGAAUCUUUGCAUCUCAGCACAUACAAAGUAAUAGUCCAACCAGAAUAAGGGAGACCAAACAUCAAAGCCAAAAAAAUGAAGGAACAACACACAGGAAUCAAAAAGGCUGUUCACCCCUAAGUAAAGAUGAAAGAGUUGGACAUAAAAGAAAAAAAAGGCAAGAAAACUUGGAAGAAGAAUUACCAAGUCAGAGAAGAAGGGUAUUAGUAAAGAGCUGCAUUAACAGACCAGCCAUAUCUUUACCCAUGGAGGAGGAGAAGGGCAAAAGGAUGAGCAACAGACUAAGAAAGAUGUCUUGUGAAAGAAAACACAGAAAUGAUAUUUCGAGCAACUUAUUAGAGAGAGGCAGCCAUGUUAGGGUGGAGAAGAGAAGGGGUUUUAGUGAGGGAGAUGAGUUAGAUGUAGAGCACAAUAGUAAAAAGACUUUAGAUAUUGGGGAUGUAGCAAAAAGUAGUUCAACUAAGAAGAUACCAGUUGACACUAAACUUUUGCAAAGCAUAUUAUCCCAGUCUCCUUCAAAAUUUUCUGAGGAAGGGGAUGAAAAAGAGGAAGGAGAAUUAGAUGAUGAUGAUAUGGAAGAAACACAUAUUUCAGAAACAACAAAAUUUAAAACAAGGUCCAGUAAAAUUAGCUCUAAGGAGAAAGAUCUGAAGCACUGGAGGUUAGUGAAAGAAAGACGUAAAACUUGCAAACCAGAGAGUAAGUGGAUUAGUAGACCAUCGCAGGUUGAUGAAGCACAAUAUAAAGAAGACCAACAUGUUUCUCAGGAAGAGAAGCAAACUACAAGACUAUUGAGGAUUGCAACAAAACUUAAGGAGAGCAAUGUAGAUAAAAAAGAUGGGAACAAAAUUAUGAAUACUAAUGCUGAUAAGGAUGUUGACAAGGUGUCUGGAAGGGAAGAUAAAAUAAAGCCUCCAACAGACUCCUCAGAAAAAAUGAAGACAAAUCUCAAUAGGACAAAAAAGGCAAAAUACCUGAGAAACAGUGUGGAAGAUGAAGCUACGUUCUACCCCACUGAUCUUUUCCAAGUUGUUAAAGUUCAGAUUGGCUCUAGCAGGAUGACCUCUACUUCAUUAGUUUCAGGCCCAGCAUUAGGGAGUGAUGACACAAUUGAUAUGAUUGUCAAAAGACACAAUGAAAAAUAUGCUUCUGACAAUAAUGACUCCAGUGAUAAUUCUGAGAUGUCUCUUUUGCAGUUUAUUACAGAUGAAUCAGAAAUGACCUGUAAAGAUAAUGGGGAAAAUGAAAUGGGAAAAGGUAGCUCAAUAGUAAAAAAGGGUAAGUUGAAGGAAGUUGAUGAGGACACAGUUGGGUCCAGAGGUCUGUUCUGUGAAGUAAGAGAUAUUGAAGAAAACACGGACUCAAUGAGGACUAAAGACUUGCCCCUUAAAACUGCAAAUGUUCUUACAAAAUCUCAAGUUACAGGACCAAGAUGCCUCAAAAGAUCCGGAACACAGCUGUCUUUAAUGUCUCCCACUUGUAAUGUGAAGGAUGCUGAUUCCAUUCUUACUUCCAUUGCCAAAGUCAAUUUUUAUUCAAAUAAUUCAGACAGUAUUCCUGUAUCUACUUCCAUUAGUGCAGGCUUCCAUGGUGAUGAGAAUGAUAUAAGACUAUUGGGUGGUGAAGAAAGGAAUGAUCUCUAUGAAGGUUCUUCACAUUCAGAAUCUCCUCACAGUAUACAAGUAACCAGUGAGCUUGGUGAAGGAGCAAUAGACAAGUUUGGUACAAAGCAUGAAACUUCUGACAAAAGUUCAGAUCUUGAUGAACAUUGCAGUAAUAAUGAUAGUAGUGGUGAGGAUGAGUUUAAGGCUACAAGCGAAAAGGAAAACAGUAAUGCUCAAUCCAUUGUUGAUGGCUCCUUAGCUGACAAAUAUGAACCCCAAAUUACAAAUGGCAUUGUAUAUGAUGAACAAGGGUCAGUUGCUGCAACCUCCCCAAGUACUUGUGAAGAGAUUACUCAUUUUGAGGACACUGAGGUGAAAACUGCUUCUGAGAUUGAUGAUAGCAGCUCUAGCAACUCAGGCUCUGAUAGUGACUGUGAGUGCAGCAAAUGUGCUAGUAGCAGCAGUAGCAGUUCCUGUUCCUCUGCUUCUGAUACUGACUCAGAAGUUGAAAUUACAGACCUUUUUGAUAACACUGACUGUAACUUGGACUUACAUGAGGAAAUUGUCAAUAAGCUCAAUUCAAACUCUCUGAUAAAUUGCAGUGACACAACAAGCUGUGAUCCUAAUUUGUCAGAUAUGGCUUUGCAGAGUAAGUCUUCCCAUGGAUCACCUAUCACAAUCUCACAAAGACCCAAGUCACCACACCUGUUAAGUAAGACUCCAAAAAAAUCACCUUGUAACGGUAGGAAAAGUCCCUCCAAGUUAUCAAAAACACCUCACAAGUCCCCCAAGAAAGCUUAUAAGUCACCUUCUAAGAAAGCUCCUCAUAAGUCACCUAGUAAAAAAACUCCUCGUAAGACACCCUGCAAGAAGACACCACUUAAGGUGCCAUGCAAGGAAAUGCCUAAUAAAUCAUCUUGCAGGAAAACUCCUAAGAUGCUGUGCAUUGACACCAUACAGAAAUUUGGGAAGAUAACACCUGAAUGUCCUAAUGCCGACAGCACUAUAUCAAAUAUGGAUGGCUCUAUACAACCUCUCCUCGGUGUUACAGAUAUGAGCUCACAAAAUAUAGUUGUCUCGGGGAGUGGUCAAGUUAAGACUAUAACUUCAAAUGCAAAAUUUAGCCAUUUGGAAUUAGAUAAUACUGGUGGUGACAUAAAGGCAAAUUCUGUAGGUAGUAGUAGUAAUAUAAGUCAAGAAAUUCUACAAGAAGACCAUAACAAAUUUAAAGUACCAGAAAACACAAUGGAAGGUGUGAAUGACAAUGUAAACAUAAAGGCUAAAUCAUGUGAUCAGGUGGUUUACUUGGAUCAUAAAGCAGUCCCAACAUCUAAAGACAAUGUCUCUGUGCCUUUAAUAGAAUCUGUCUUCCAGCGUCGAAGGAGAAAACUUGCAAAUUUUGGAACUAGUAUUGCUUCAGAAGGCAAACUCUCCUGUGUAAAUGUUCAGAAUGUCAUUUCAGUUGUUCAUUCUGAUGGGCAGCUCUCAGUUCCUCCAUCACAUGGAAGGUCUCCAACAAAAACCUCUGCUAGGACAACUAGAAAUACAAGUCCAUCCAAAAAGACAACUACAGUUACUUCUGAAGCAACAAGAAAUACUGCUGGGAAAGCGAAAGAAGCUUCUUCUCAAAAGCGGCAGCGUUCUCCAACAAGUUACAUAAGUGAGAAGGUAAUUCCAGAUGGAAAGAAAAUGAGAAUCUUAUCACCAGAAAUGUUCCAUAAAGUUUCAAAUAGGUCUUUGUUUUCAGAUAUAAAUAAGUCUGAAUCUUUAAUUAAAUCUAUUGAUGAAUUGACCAUUCCUGUAAAGAUUCAUAGAGCAAAGAGAGCAAAGAGGAGGAUGCAGUUAGUUUGUUCAAACUCAACAGUACAAAGUGUUUUAUCAGUAACAUCCAAAAAUGUAGCUGGGAACAAUUUGGAUUUAUCUGCCAAUAACAUAUCUUCAAAUACUACACCAAAGAAUACUUCAGAUACAGUAUUAGAAGAGAAAGCUCUCCGUAGAAGUCCAAGGAAAAUGUUGAAGUUUUCAUAAUAAUGUUCCACUGCGCAACGCUCUCAUUUUUAAUGUAUUUUUGCUGUAUCAUUAUUUUAACAAGACAUAAUGGUGAAGUUUGUGUCAAAACCUGCCAGUUGACCAACAUUUUCUCUUCCUGGAACAUAACCCCCAAUAAUACAUUGCUUCUACUGUUUGAUAUGUGUUUUCACAUAACUAAUGGAAUCCAAGGAACACAACCCCUUCGUAUAUUGGGAGGUACUUGUAUAUAGCCACGAAAUAAUAUAUGAUGUCUAUUUUUGUAUCUUUUAUAGGCUAUUUUAAUAUGACACUGAUCACAAUUGUAGGUGCAGAUAAAUUGUGGUAUCUUAUUUUCUUAAUGUUUUGUAUAAAGCUAUAAUUUUAUACACUAUUAGAAAGUUACUGUGGGGAUAAACAAAAAGUGACCAAACUGCUUUGUUUAAUGUAUAAAUUUUAUUAUAAAGAACAUUAAUUACUGAUUCAGUGAUUUAAUUAAUACUGUGUAAAAAAUUACCAACACUCGCAGGCAUUUUACUUCCUAAGUUGAUAAAUUUAUGGUUAUUUUGAGUAAUUUGAUGAUUAAAUGAUGUUAAAGUUAUAUUACAGGAUUUAUGUUUAAUUCAUUUAUUGUUUAUAACAUAGAAUAUUUUACUUUUGUCUUAUUAUCCUAUAAAAAUUAAUAACCUUACCCUACUAUGCAGAUAUCUGUCACUCACUGUAAAUAGUUUGUACAGAAAACAAUAAAAGAGUACAUGCUAA